GCGGGCGAGGCGGGCGGCGGCGGUGGCGGCGUCAAGGAGGAGGAGCCUGUGUUCCACCUGCCCGGCAGCAGCACCAAGGGCAAGCCGCGCGCCAUCGACGCCCUGCUGGCCAACCUGAAGCGGGAGCAGGAGGAGAGGGAGGCGCGCAAGGAGGCGGGGCUGCCGCCACCCAGGGAGGACAAUGGUCCCGCCGGUUCCUUUGACAGUGGCGACCCCUUCACCACCAACCUCUUCAUCGGCAACCUGGCGCCAGACUGCGACGAGCAGGCACGCAGCGCUGCCGGUGGGGGGCCGUGCGCCCUGCUGUGGCGCGGGCAGGCGGCGCGGGCGACAGCCCAGCGCAGGGUGCUGAUGCGUGAGUUUGGUCGCUUUGGCCCGCUGGGCAGCGUCAAGGUCAUGUGGCCGCGCGACGAGGAGCAGCGGCGGCGCGGGCGCAACAACGGCUUCUUAUCAUUCAUGGUGGGUGGCCGGCUGGAGGAGUCGCUGCCCGACGUGUUUGAGAGCCUGCAGGAGGCGUACCGCGGCGCCGAGGGGCGCAUGGCGCAGGAGCUGCUGCGCCGCCACGUGCUCAAGCUGCUGCGC